AUGGGUUGCAGACAAUCAAAACACGAUGUUGUUACGGGAAACACCACAAUGGUCCGAAAACCUUUGGAAGCUGAAUCAGUGAGGGGCCAAGAGAACGAGACAAUUAAAACACAAGAAAGCUGCAGGUGCCAGAAAACGAACGACAUCUCGGCUGUGGUAUCUUCAGACCAGCCACAAACCACCAUGGAAAAUAAUAAAAUGGAGGAAAAUGAAGCUGGAGAUUGUGGCGAGAAGGCUGAGAGAAAGACAAAUGAUGAACAAAAGCAUGAGGAAAAGGAAACAACCACUUUGCCGUUGGUGACAGGGAUAGUGUCGGAAAAUAUUGUGACGGAGGAAACCGUUAACGACGUAAAUGAGAGCAUCUUGCCUGUGGAUGAACAAAAGGAAAAAGUUGAUAGUGAGACAGUUGUACCAGAGGAAAAAAGUACGGAAGAUAAAACUUCUGGUGACGUUGACACUGAGAUUCUACUUCCCGAGGUUGAAGAACCAAAACCGGACGUAGACACUUCUGUAACAACAGAGUCGGAAGUUCAAGAAGUUUUGACCACAGAGGAUGUAGAGAUUGCUACCUCCGAAAAUAUUGAAACCGAGUCCAAAGAAAACGAUGACACUUCUAUUUUGAAAGACACUUCUAUUGCUGCCUCGGAAACUGUCAAAACUACGUCCACAGAAAAUGAUGACACUUCUGUUUUAAAGGAAGAAGGUGGAGUUAAUCUUGUAGAGAAUGUAGAGACGGCCGCCUCAGAAGCUAUCAAUAAUGUCCCCACAGAAAUCGAUGACGCUCAUGUUUUAAAGGAUGAAGGUGAAGUUGAUAUUGUAGAGAAUGUAGAGACUGUCGAAAGUGUGUCUGCAGAAAACGAUGACACUCUUGUUUUAAAGAACGAAGAUAAAGUUGAUCUUGUUGAGAACGUCGAGACUGCUGCCUUGGAAACUGUCGAAAGUGUGUCCACGGAAACCGAUGGCACUCUUGUUUUAAAGGACAAAGAUAAAGUUGAUCUUGUAGAGGAUGUCGAGACUAUUUCCUCAGAAGCUGUCGAAAAUGUGCCCACAGAUAUCGAUGACACUUCUGUUUUAAAGGAUGAAGAUGAAGUUGAUCUUGUAGAGAAUGUAGAGACAGUCGAAAGUGUGUCCACAGAACACGAUGACACUCUUGUUCUAAAGGACGAAGAAAAAGUUGAUCUUGUAGGGAAGGUAGAGACUGCCACUUCAGAAACUAUUGAAACUGUGCCCACAGAAAAUGAUGACACUCAUGUUUUAAAGAAUGAAGAUGAAGCUGACUUUGUAUCGAAUAUUAUUGAGACUGUGGAAAGUGUGUCCACAGAAAAUGAUGAGACUCUUGUUUUAGAGGACAAAGAAGAUAAAGUUGAUCAUUUAGAGAAUGUGGAGAUUGCAACUACAGAAAAUGAUGACACUGUGUCCAGAGAAAACGAUGAAAUUCACGUUUAA